AUGACACCAAACAUAUCCGAUUCUCUAGUGUCACCACAUCAGAGUAUGCAAACAAAUCUCAAAGAAAAUAAUACUGUCUUACUUGGAACAUUGUUAGUAAAAAUCAGUUCCUCUUCUGGUGAGCCACAUGUGUUUCGAGCUCUUCUUGACUCUGGCAGUAUGUGUAAUUUAAUAACCGCACAUGCAGCUAGGAUCUUGAGUCCAAUAUCCAACUAUCAGGAAUCAAUCAACAUAUAUGUAACAACCAACAGAGGACAGAUUUUAAUUGAUCUCCAAACUAUGUCUGGUAAAAUGGUAGUUGAAGCUCAACCUGCUCUCGUCCUUGAAAAGUUGACAGUUGAUGUUCCUCCUUCAUCCAUUUCAUCUAAAGUCACUCAACUCACUCAACAGUAUAACCUGGCUGAUCCUUCCUUUCACAUACCGAAUCGUAUUGAUCUCAUCAUUGGAAAUGCAAUUCUCCCUCAACUUCUCACUCAAAACCAAUUUUCACUUGGUCCUAACUUACCUACUGCUUUAGGAACUCACUUCGGUUUUGUACUUAUGGGCACCACUCCUUGCUCCCUCACAAACCCGUUGAUUACCAAUAACAUACCUACCACUUCACUCAAUGUUUGUUUACUGUCAAAAAGUGACAUUGAUUGGCAUGCUUCCUUACAAAGCUUUUGGGUGCAAGAAGAACCCCCUACAUCACCCAGUCUAACCCAUGAAGAGGCACUGUGUGAUCAACACUUCGUGAUGAAAACGGACGUUUCAUUGUUCGUUUGCCUUUCAAAGACUCCUCAGAUCAUUUUCUAG